CCCCGUCCCUAGCCCUCUCCCCUGAAGUGCAGUGUAAGCUAACAAAUCUAUCACCAAAUCCCACCCUUCACCUCUCUCUCUCUCUCUCUCUCUCUCUCUCUCUCUCUCUAUCUCAAGACCUCUGCUGAGGAGAGAGCUCCAUAUGAAUGGCGUAAAGCAAGACCCCCAAUCCUUGCUUGCCCGAAACCGUUGAACAAAAGACUGGAAAAGGACAUGUUAGAUCUUUGUGUAUAGGUGUUUUUUGGGUUUUCCUAGAAUAAUCCUAAUCACUUGACCAGAGUGGACUUGGAACAGAGCAGAGGAGGGAGGAGGAGGGGAGGAAGCAGUUUGUUACCUGUUCUGUUCCAACAACAUACGCUUAUCUUUAUGAGGAGGGAGAGCAUUGAGAGAGGCAAACCUGGGAAAGCCCGGAGAGUUCCUGCUGGAUGGUAUCUUGGACUGCAUCCAUGAGGUCACGGCAGCCCUUGCGUUCGCUAAUAGGAUGAGCGACUCCGCCUACCGGGUCGAGACUACUUCCCGGCUUGCCCAAUGGAGGAUCGACAACUUGGCUUCCUGCACCUACCGGAAAUCGGACCCUUUCAGGAUCGGCAAGUGGAACUGGCAUUUGUCAAUCGAGAAGAACCGGACGUUACUCGUUAAAUUGUACCCGGAGAUAUCUAGUCUGACCAGAGACAACCCUCCGAUUGCUUCGUUCAUCAUCCGAGUGAUCUGCUCCACAGGAGGUCGAAAGUCCCUGACCCACCCGGAAAUCACAGAUAAGCAGCUGAAGAAGAACGACGAUUUUGUUUGGGCAAUUGAGAUUCCAUUCACUGGGAAAUUCAUAAUCGAUGUUGAAUUCCUUGAUUUGAAGAUUGCAUCCCCCAACGGUGGAGAACCUUGUUCUAUCUGGGGGGAAGGAUACGCAGAGAAGCUAUCAAAUUCAACAGCGCUUUCAACUCUCGGUCGAAUGUUAACUGAAGGAAUUCAUACUGACAUAGUCAUUAAUGCUUCCGAUGGAAGCGUUGGAGCUCACCGUGCUGUCCUUGCUUCACGAUCACCCGUUUUCCGCAGCAUGUUCUCCCAUAACCUCAGAGAGAAAGAGCUCUCCACGAUAAACAUUUCCGACAUGUCAAUGGAAGCGUGCCAAGUAUUCCUGAAUUACAUUUAUGGGAACAUGGAGCAUGACGAGUUUCUGAUCCACCGACUUUCGCUUCUUCGAGCAGCUGACAAGUACGAUAUAUCUGACUUGAAAGAGGCAUGCCAUGAGAGCCUUUUAGAAGAUAUCGACACGACGAAUGUCCUCGAGCGGCUUCAGACUGCACAUCUGUAUCAAUUACCAAAACUGAAGGCCAGCUGCAUGCUGUAUCUCGUGAAGUUUGGUAAGAUAUACGACAUUCGAGACGAGUUAAACACAUUCCUGCAAAGUGCAGACAGGGAGCUUAUUACCGAGAUUUUUCAUGAGGUUCUGAAUACAUGGAAGGGUUUCUAAGACUCUACCUACCAAAUGAAAGAAUCAGAAUCAUUGUGUGAAUUGAUAUUGGAUUUGUUCUGUCCAUGAAGAUGGAUUUCUGGCUUCUAUAGUGUGCCAUUUAUUGCAUUGAAAGAUCAUUCUUUUGUUCACAUGGAAUUUGUUUGGUUAUCCAGAUGUACAUAAAUUUGUGAAAGACACACUUAUAACCAUGUAAGGUGAAAAGGAAAAAGAAAAUAUCUAUGGAUGCUGAUGAUUGAUUGCA